GUAGCCAACAUGCAGCUCUUCGUCCGCGCCCGGGAGCUACACACCCUCGAGGUGACUGGCCAGGACACGGUCGCCCAGAUUAAGGCUCAUGUAGCCUCACUGGAGGGCACUGCCCCGUAAGAGUAAGUCGUACUCCCGGCAGGCAUGCCCCUGGAGGAUGAGGCCACCCUGGGCCAAUGCGGAGUGGAGGCCCUGACCACCCUGGAAGUAGCAGGCCGAAUGCUCGGAGGUAGAGUCCAUGGUUCCCUGGCCGGUGCUGGGAAAGUGAGAGGUCAGACUCCUAAGGUGGCCAAACAGGAGAAGAAGAAGAAGCAGCAGAAGAAGACAGGCUGGGCUAAGAGGUGGAUGCAGUACAAUCGGCGCUUUGUCAACCUUGUGCCCACCUUUGGCAAGAAGAAGGGCCCCAAUGCCAACUCUUAAGUCCUUUGUAAUUCUGGCUUUCUCUAAUAAAAAAAGCCACUUAGGUCAGUAAAAAAAAAAAAAAAAAAA